CACAAAGGCUUUGCUUUGUCACGUGGCUGAGAACGGGGAGGGCGUAACGCGCAGGCGCAGCGGAUCAGGAACAGGCGCUGUCCUCCCGGAAGUGUGAGGUAUCCAGGGAGCAGGAAGCGGACCAGGUUGAGAGCAGGUGCGGCGGCGGACCCAGCUUGGAACCGGCCAUGUCGGCCUUCGAUACAAACCCCUUCGCGGACCCGGUGGACGUGAAUCCCUUCCAGGAUCCUUCAGUCACCCAGUUGACAAAUGCUAACCAGGGAGGCCUGGAUGAAUUCAAUCCCUUCACUGAGAGCUCUCGGCUGACAAAUGUGGCUCAGACCACUCCAGCAACACAAACCACGGGGACUUCACAACCAGCUGUACUGCAACCAUCUGUGGAGCCAACUCCCCAGUUGCUGCUUAAACAGGCCAGCAGGUACCUGACUCCUAAGUUCAUCUCAGCAAGCUCAGAAGGUUCAGAGAGGCAAAGGUUGCUAGGAGAAGACACCAGCUCUUGGAAUAAGCACCAGGUACAAAGGGCUGCAGCCUCAGCUGCGCACGCUGGACUCCUUCGGCAGCAGGAGGAGCUGGAAAAGAAAGCUGCGGAGCUGGAGAGAAAGGAGCGUGAGCUGCAGAGCAGCGCGGCAGGCUUCGACCCAAAACAGAACAAUUGGCCCCCGCUCCCCAAGUUCUGUCCUAUUAAGCCCUGCUUUUAUCAGGACUUCUCUGCAGACAUCCCUGCCGACUACCAGCGGAUUUGCAAGAUGCUGUAUUACCUGUGGAUGUUUCACUCGUUCACACUGCUGCUCAACUUGCUUGCCUGCCUCUCUUGGUUCUCGGUGAGCGCAGACAGAGGCGUGGACUUCGGCCUCUCCAUUCUGUGGCUCAUUCUGUUCACCCCUUGCGCGUUCCUCUGUUGGUAUCGGCCAAUUUAUAAGGCUUUCAGGUCUGACAGCUCCUUCAGCUUCUUUGUCUUCUUCUUCGUCUUCUUUUGCCAAGUAGCGAUCUACAUCAUCCAGGCCGUCGGCAUCCCUGGAUGGGGGGACAGUGGUUGGAUUGCCGCACUCUCCGAGAUUAAGCAAAACUUGGCCGUGGCGGUCAUCAUGAUGGUGGCCGCCUCCUUCUUCACAGUCUGCUCCGUUCUCUCUCUCUUCCUGCUGAAGCGGGUCCAUUCCUUGUAUCGCCGGACAGGAGCCAGUUUCCAGAGAGCCCAAGAGGAGUUCUCCCAAGGCAUCCUCACCAACCGGGGCUUCCAGAACGCUGCAGCCGGGGCGGCUUCUACCGCUGCACAGAGCGCUUUCCGGGGGAACUAGCCUCCCUUCCCCGAAAAGGGCCUGCGUGGGCGUUCCCUCAUCACUCCUUCAUCUCUACCGUUCCAGGGUGUGUUUUCCAGGGAUACCAGUCUUGGCUCCCAAAUGCCAGCUAGAAGAGGUUCCUGGACUUCCCUCCUGCCUGCAUCAGUGUGUUUCUCUUGAGAGGAGGCCACGAUUAGGCUCGGCUCUUGUCUUUUUCCCCCUUCCCUAGUUUGAUUACAUCUCCUUUUGAAAAGAAAAGAAAUUCAUGGAUGUGUUCACCGUUUCUUCCCCUUCCUGUCUUCUGGGGGCGGGGCGGCUCUGGAAGCCAAUUUUGCACUCGUUAACUUCUCUUCCACUUGGAGUUGCUGUGGAGGAUGACUUAUUUUUCUUAACACAGCCCCGUUGAAGGUACUGUUGGAGUUUGCCGCACUCUUCCCCCCUCCACCUUAUUUUUUGGGGUUGGCAAGUUUAAAUAAAUUGCUGACCUCUCGCUGCCAGCCGAUGAGGGAUUUUGGAUAUGUGUUUGGCACAUACUUGCUUUGUGGUGUACGGGAUGUGAGCUGAGCAUGGCCUUUUCUUUCCCUGCUUAAUUUUUCAGUGUGUGAGCUUCUUCUAAAGGCAUGCCCUGUAGAACAUGUAUCUGCACUGCCCACACCUCCACGAAAGGGGAAUUUUUGUUUGUGGACUUACACACUGGCAGUACAUCUGUAGCCUUAAAUAUGAGGAUGAUGGCAUUUGGGGGGUUAUUGUUGGACUCCUCGGCUGUUUAGGGGUAGCAACGUUGAGUAACGCAGCGAUUUCUAGCUGAAGCAUUCUUUUAGGAUCCAGAAAGCAGCGGAAAAGCUGCAGGUCAAGGCAUGAAACCACCUUGGAGGUAAAAGGAUGAUUGCCUUCAAGAAAUCUGGGUAGAUUUUUAAAAAAUAUUUUUGGCAAUAAUCUCAUGCUGAUUUUGCUCACUACCCUCCUUUCCACUUUCUAAAAGCUCUCUUCUUUACUCCCUUUCUAAAUAUCCUUGGGAGCAAAGGUUUUUGGAAGACUCAUCAUUAGCUGAAGCACUUUGUUUCCUCAAGUUGGCCUCACAGAAACCUCCUUUUAUUCCGCUCCUGAUGGUCUCAUUCAGUGUUAUCUGGCCAGGGUCCACCUGGAACACCACCUGUCCUGAAACCGUCAUGCAUUGAGCAAGAUUCAUACAAAACACAUCGAUGUGUUUCUUUGUACCAAACCAAUGCUUUUAGAUUCUUCCCCUCUCUCUGAUCUUCACAAAUCCCUGGCAUUCAGACUGGUGGUCUCUUUCUCAGUGGACAUGGGAUGUGAAAAACACUCUCUUCUCUGCGCGCAUGCACUUUGCAGGAGUGAAGUAUGUGGAAGGGAGAGAGGCAGCAACGCCCUUGGACUGAAGGUGGUGGGGAAGGGCGAGAGGGAAGCCUUGGCAAUAACUUGAUGUGGGGGAUGACGUGGAAAAGUUUCAAGAAAGGCAGUGACACGUUACGUGGGAGAUCCUGGAGCCAUGCUGUCAAGUCAGGUGGUGGUUUCAGGUGCAACAGAAAUAUCGAGAAUAAGGCAAGGUGUAGCCUGGAAGCAAAAGCGAACACUUGAAAUUGCUUGCUUCCUUGUGUGUUGGGGAGUCUAGAUGGCCCAGAGUGGAAGACACUAUAGUCUUGCAUCUGGCGUCUUCGUUAGCAGGUUCCUUAACCGAUCUGAAAGGCCCACCGAGAUCUACCAGGUGUGAUGGGCUUGCGGAGUGCUCUUGGUAGGGUAAGAAAGAGGCCAUGUUCAGAAAAGAUGGCAGCCCUGCUCUGUGAUAGGUGUCUCUUGUUAAACAGUAGCAUCCUUUCCCCCUGUUUCCAAACCUCACUUGUGUGAGGUUUGCCAUAGCCCAGUACAUCCCAGGGCAGCAUCUUUUGGCCUCUUCGUCUCUUUUUGAAUGUAUGUAAUGAUGGCAGAACUGAGAUUUCUACAACGAUUUCUUUCCCUUCUCAGGUGUACUUUAAUUCCACCUCUGAUUCCCCCCCCCCAAUGUAAAAAUGUAUAUGUCAAACUUUUGUGCUUAAAUACAAAAUAAAGAUG